CUCGAAUAAGAACAGAGCUCCCUGGAAAAAUUUCCUUCAGAAAACUGCGGAUAAAUUAAAAAAAUUUUGCCUCAUUUUGAUCAUUCGACACCACGAACUAUAAAAAAGAUGACAAAUUUUACUUUUGGCAUUUCCCUCCUACUUGUAGUUAUCUAUGGAUCUAUACAAAUGAGUCAUUCUUUGUGCUGUGAUAAAAUCAAAAGAUUGGUUGAUUCAAAAAUGGAUGCUUAUCAAGUACUGUGUAAGAAAAAUUCGUCACUUUCUCCUGAUUGCUGUGAUGACAUCAAAACAGAAGUUAAAUCAUAUGAAAGGUCGUAUGCAUCAUUAUGCUUAAACAGAACUGACGUUGAGUUCCGUCAAUUCAAUGCAAUAUUUACAAAUCUUGGAGCCUCUGGUCGCCAUGGUCCAACAUCAAUUGGUCAAUUUUACAAUGGUCAGGAUCACGAAAAUAUGGUAACCGUAUCGAAAGGUAUCCAGUAUUGGACAGUGCCUGGAACUUAUGAAAUUACAGCUGUUGGUGCAAUAGGUGGUGAUGAUAAGUAUGGCUCUGCUUAUAGAGGUCGUGGAGCUUACAUGAAAGGAGACUUUAAAAUAAAGAAAGGAGAAAUUAUUAAAAUUCUGGUUGGGCAAGAAGCACCCCUCAAUACUCAAAGCCAAAGUGCAGGAGGAGGUGGAGGUUCUUUUGUUGUUAGGAACAACAAUGCUCCACUACUUGUUGCUGGAGGUGGUGGCGGUAUAGAAAGACUGAACAAACGUUUAGAUAACUGUGAUGCGAGCACUAAAACAUCUGGAAAAAAUAAUAAAUGUGUCACACCUUGCAGAAAUUGGGCUGGAGGAGUAAAUGGGCAAGGAGCAAAGCAAGCUGAUUCAGAAAAUUCAGGUGGUGGUGGAGGUGGAUUUUACAGCAAUGGAGAGAUAAACAGUUUGGGAAAGUAUGGAAAUGGAGGAGAAGGAGGUUUUGCUUUUAUAAUUGGAGGAGCAGGAGGACGUGCCUGGUAUAACAAUGCUGUUGGUGGAUUUGGAGGUGGUGGUGGAGCAUAUGGUAAUGGUGGAGGAGCAGGUGGAGGAGGUGGUUACUCAGGUGGAGCAUCGGGAGAAAAUGUGUCCGGAUCUUGUGCUGGUGGUGGUGGAUCUUAUAAUGCAGGAAAAAAUCAAGUGAACAAGUCAGCCUUUAAUGACAAAGGAGACGGAUAUGUCAUUAUCACUCGAAAGAGAUAGAUUAUAUCAUCUUAAAGUUGUGUAUUUUUUGGAAAAACCUUUUAGUAUCUUGUUGUAUAAUUUAGAACUGUUCAAAACAACAUUUUUCAAAAUAAUUGUAUGCCUAUCUGUUAAGACACAAAUUGUGGUAGUCAACGUGAAUCAGCGCGAUAUUUACCUAUAUCUAUAAAUACGAGUAAAAUUUUACGUAGUGGCAACAUUGUUGUCAAACUACAAUUUUUAUGUAAUAAGACUUCAUAGUUGCA